CGUGACGCGCCUCGAGCCGGGGCGGGGCCGGGCGGACUGCUGUCGGGCCAGCGGGGGGUUUUAAUGGCAAAAGUUGUGCGCGGAGUGGGAGCGCGCGCCGGCAGUUCUCUUUCACCUGGGACUUCCAUUAUGCUGACAUGGUAGCUACAAGGUGGCCCUUGCCAAAAGGUGAACAGGAACAUCGGCUCCAAAAAGGUUAGCAGAGCAGCCUGAUAGAGGCCCUUUUCCAGACAGACGCGGAUGAUGCCAGAGCUAUGACAGGGGCUGCAGCCUUGGCAGUGAAGGGUGGUGAUCAGUUAUGGAAAAGCCAAAGGAGGAAGUACCUGAGGUCAGGGAAGAGGAGGAGGAAGAGGAAGAGGCAGUGACAGCCAUAGGUGCAGCCUCAGACCCAAAUGAAGGACCAGAUAAUUCAGCACCUUCUAUCAGCUACACCGAUCUUUCACAGAGCUCUUCUCCUUCCCUGUCGGACCAACUUCAGAUGGGUUGUGAUGAAUCCGCCUUGGGAAGUCUGAAUGUCGAAUGCAGGGUCUGUGGAGACAAGGCAUCUGGGUUUCACUAUGGGGUACACGCAUGCGAAGGUUGCAAGGGCUUCUUUCGCCGAACAAUACGCAUGAAGCUGGAGUAUGAAAAAUGUGAGCGGAACUGCAAGAUUCAGAAAAAGAACCGAAACAAGUGCCAGUACUGCCGCUUUCAGAAAUGCCUCUCUUUAGGCAUGUCGCACAAUGCCAUUCGUUUUGGGCGUAUGCCAGAAGCUGAGAAAAGGAAGCUAGUGGCAGGACUGACGGCUACAGAGAUCAACUGUCAGAACCAGCAGCUGGCUGACCUGAAAGUCUUUUCCAAGCACAUUUACAAUGCCUACCUGAAGAAUUUCAACAUGACCAAAAAGAAAGCACGAGGCAUCCUGACAGGGAAAGCUAGCAGUACCCCGCCUUUUGUGAUCCAUGACAUGGAUACUUUGUGGCAAGCAGAGAAAGGACUGGUGUGGAAACAGCUGAUAAAUGGGCUACCACCAUACAAGGAGAUUGGUGUUCAUGUUUUUUACCGCUGCCAGUGCACAACAGUGGAGACAGUGCGGGAACUUACGGAAUUUGCUAAAAGCAUCCCUAGCUUCAUCAGCCUUUACCUUAAUGAUCAAGUGACUCUGCUGAAAUAUGGGGUGCACGAAGCCAUCUUUGCCAUGCUUCCCUCAAUUAUGAACAAGGACGGACUUUUAGUAGCCAAUGGGAAUGGCUUUGUGACACGCGAGUUCCUGCGCAGUUUGCGCAAGCCCUUCAGUGAAAUCAUGGAGCCCAAAUUUGAGUUUGCUGUGAAAUUCAAUGCUCUGGAGCUGGAUGACAGUGACUUGUCUCUGUUUGUAGCCGCCAUCAUCCUGUGUGGAGAUCGCCCUGGUUUGAUGAAUGUCAAACAGGUGGAGGAGAUUCAAGACAAUAUCCUUCAGGCCCUCGAGUUCCACUUGCAGGCCAAUCAUCCUGAUACGCAAUACCUCUUUCCUAAGCUGCUGCAAAAAAUGGCUGAUUUGCGCCAGUUAGUGACUGAGAAUGCCCAGCUAGUGCAGAAGAUCAAAAAGACAGAGACAGAGACUUCUCUGCACCCGCUUUUGCAGGAGAUCUACAAGGACAUGUAUUGAGGAGCCUGCAUUCAUGAGAGAUAGGUUAAAGCCAUGGAAUACAGCAGAAUGCUUUGUACAUUAGCAAAGAAAUUGCCGGUGUCUUCUGUCCCUUCUACUGGAGUUGCUUCUCUAGAUAAUGGCUGCGUACUGUGCACAAGAGUGUACAGCUAAAGACUCGGCACCUACUAUUCAGAGAUAGGUCAGGUCUUCCGUUAGCAUACACUAAGUGAAACUUUAAGGCACAUCAUAAGCUAAGUAUCUGUUUUUAAAGUUCAGCUGUUACACUGUUACAGAGCAGCUGAUGAUGCGUUUACACACACCUCACAAAUACUUUUGGAACUAUUGAUUGGAUUGUUCUGUUGGUCAACACAGACUGUGUCUAGACAAUUAAAGCAAACAAGAGCUUGUCUGGCAGGAACAGCACUUCCAUCAUAUAUCUGUUUUAUGUUUUUAUAUUGCACUCUGGACUCUAGUUUGGCCCUUAUUAUGUGUCUUUAUGUUUAUAUACAUUUCCCAAAGAAAGUUCAAAGUCUUUCAUGAAGGGUACGGACACUCCUUGUGGAGUCACUUUGAUGGGAAAGAUCUUGGCCUUUUCCCUCAGUGCAUAAAAACAGAUAUGCCUUCUGCAUGAACAACCAUGCCUUCUAUCCUACCUGUUCAUUGCUUUUUCCCCUCCCUUUUGUGUUGAUCUACAGUGCAUUUUGCUGGAGUUCUUUCUAGACAUGUAAAGUGCUUCCUUACUUACCGAAGAGCGAAGGGCUUCUUUUUCUAUUUCACUGCACUCCAGUGCUUGCCAGAUGAUGGGGUCAUUCCAGGAUCUUGCUCUAGGAUGAUAUGGUAGCUGCCAAAAGUCAAUUUGCUUCUUUCACUUGAGUAAAAGUAGAUAUGACACUCCAUGGGUUUGUGGAGAAAGGGGAUGAUAGUAAGCACUUGAUAGUCUCCUUGUGUGGGAGAAUAUCUUUUUCUUAAAAGGGCAGCACUCAGACUAUGACAUGGGUGUGAUUUGGGGAUGUUGGAGAAGGCAAUGAUUAUUGCAUAUCCCCACCUUUACUUGGUCUUCCAAAACUGUUGGGAGACAUUUGAAAGGUUAUUCCCGAUAUGUGAAUUGCAUCUGUGCCUUUCCUACAAGUGUUAGCCCACUGUUCCCUCCACCUUUGUCAUUAGUUUUAGCGGGAAGCAUUGCACUAGCAUUGAGCAUUUUAGCAUUUCCUCUAUAGGCAUACAUAAUCAUGUGUUUUAGAUUUUCCUGGGGCUCAGAGCAGGCUCCAACACUCCUCUUAAUCCCCUGUACUGGUUUUGCUCCAGUCCACAGAGAUCUCACCUUUUGUCAAUUUUAAUCUAGUUAAUACAGAAGCUCUCCAGUUAUUACCAUGGGACUGUAUAGUCCUUGUGAGGCUGUUCUAGAUAACAGUGGUUGAUACACUAUGUGACUUGUCAGAUUUAUUCCAUCUCUGGGUUCCAAUAUAUUCUCAACAUUAAUGACAUCCGAUUAGUUCAUUAUUUCCCAGACUCUGGUCUUCCAAUUGUUUUGGACUUCAGCUCCUAGAAUCCAUAAACAUUGGCGAAGGCAACUGACGCUCCUAGGGGUUGAAGUUCAAAACACCUAGAGGACAAGAGUUUAGGAAUCACUGGAUUAGGUCAUCAUGCUGGAGAAUGAUCUAAGACCCUUAGCACUGAGAUUUUUGUACUGUUUUCUUGUUACAUGGCCUUAAGCAAGCUUAUCGGUUUUAGUACAUUUUCAAAUCAGUUGCAUGCUGAAGGGGAAAUUUUGAAAUAUUUUUCUAAAAAAUCGUGGAAAUAGCAAAAGGAAUGUAAUAAUUUCACUACUGUGCAAUGAUAUGUGUUUUGGUGAUGGAAAUUUGUUUGAACUUACCAGUUGUCCCAACCAUUUCAGCUCAAACCAUGGACUUUUUUCUUGGACUCCCAUGCAGCAGUUUUAACAUUUUGUUUUCCUGACUAAAUUUAGGGAAGGAGCUUUCAGUAACUUCUUUUGUGGCAGUACCAAGUGCAUUAAUGUUUUACUCCUUUCAGAAUACAAUUGCCCUAUAUACUCAUGUAUAAGUCUAGAAAUUUUAGUCAAAAAGUUUAGUCAACCAAGGUCAAUAAUGCUUAUCAAAAAAGGGUAACCAUCCCCUUGUCUUGUAGAGUAGCAAAAGGCAAGAAUGUAGUUAUUCGUGCGAGAGCUCAAAAGAAACAUUGAAAAGAAGCUCUAUUAUCUCCACUAUGGUAGUGCUUCUGGCCUUUUUGAGGUCCUUGGUGGGAAUAUUGUGUCAAUGGCCAGAGGCAACUAACCCCCUGAAGCAGCAUUGGUGCUUUCUUCUCUCUGUAGAAUGACUCUUGACUUCUUCAUGGGCCAUAUCAAAAUUCAUAAUUUUGGCCCCUCAAACCUGCCUUCAACAUAUAUAUGAGAUCAAUUUAUAUAUGAGUAUAUACGGUAAUGUUUCGCAUAGGGUAGCAUAAUUCAAUGAUAAAUCAAAUGCAUUGCAUGAAAAAGGGCUCAAGUUCAGUAUCCGGUUAAAGUCAUCUUGUAGUAAGCUAUAUGGAGUUCUUAUUCCAGAGACUCUGGAGGGCUACUACCGAUUAGAAGAAGCAAUGCUGGACUGGAUGAACAGAGGUUGUGAUUUGGUAUCAUAUUGUGUUGCAAACUGCACCAUAUAACUUCAUAUUUUCCUUGACUAUAUGAGGAGAAGGGAGACAAAAGUUGUGACACUAGUCUCAGGGCCCUUUCACUCUACACAGUUAUGAUAUGAUUCCACUUUAACAAGUCAUGGCAACAUCCUCUGGAAUCCUGGGAUCUAUGAUUUCAUGAGGGGUAUUUCGACUUCUCAUUCAGAGAGCUCUAGUGCACCAUCAGACUGCAAACCCCAGGAUUCCAAAAGAUGUUGCCAAGACAAUUAGAAUGGAAUCGUGGUGCUGCAAUAGUUUAGUAUGAAAGGAGCCUCUCUUUUUUUAUGUAGUUUUAGCUUGCAAUCCUGUCCUUGCAAACCAUCCAUCCAAAGGAUCUUGUGUAGUGAAAGAGUGAAGGACCAGGCUCAUUUGCCACCAGAUCUUUUUCAGGCACUUUCACAGUCUUAUCAUAUCAGCAGGAUUGUCCCUAGAACAGUCGAUACCCUAUGCUUUAUGUUUUAAAAGCACCUCUGGUCAGUAGUAAGACAGAAGAGUGCAUUUUUGAUGUCAGAUUACCUGUCUGGUAGUGUGGGCACAUAACAAAGACAAGCCCUAUUUGAACAACUGCAUAAAAAAAGCAUAAACCAUGGUAAAAUCAUAAUAGUGGUGGUUGCCUUGACUCUUGAGACCAAUCUAUGAGGCUUUGUUUAAAGACCUAGAAGAUGGGGCCAGUAGGAGAUAAACUGAGCCCAUUUUCCCUGCAACAUAAAAUGUCAGUGACAGUAGUACUGUAAUCCAUCUCAGAGACCUAACCCUUGCCCUAAACCACUGCCCUACAUUGUUACAGUAUCCAGUUCAUCUUUUUACAUUGAUUAGUGAAGAAAAUUCUCAAAGGGUCUUACAGGUAUGCUUGUCUGUGGCAUUUUGGAUCUUACCGAAACCAAAUAUAAAAGUGUACAGUGCUUGGAAUCUAGAUGUUUAUCCUUGAUAUCAUGCCUAGAGAUCACUGUUGGUAGGGAAGUUAACAACUGUGUUGAGUGUCCUGCCAAUCUCUGGGGUUACCAGGGAAGCAAAACCAUUACAUAUUGUUCGUUUCUACACUCCAUGGUCCUCAGUCAAAUCUUUUGUAGUAGUUGACAGUAGAAUAGUUCCAAUCACUACCUAAACAUGAUAGUUACUUUGUGUAAUCGGCUGGAAUGUUAUUGUUAGUGCAGGAAAACCAAGUUAAUUAAUCCUUGCUAUCUUCUUCCAGCUCUGCACUGAAUUAUCUGCUGGUACUGUGUUGUGCCUAUUUCCAGAUUGGAGUGAUCCACCUCUACCUCACAGGAAUUAUGUGAGGCUGAUGGAAUGUGUCUUAUUAAAACAGUUUGGAGUAUUUAUGUAGCAGGAGCCAGAGAUGGGCAAAUCACCGAAAAGGGUUUUUUAAAAAAGCUUUCCAAAAGCCUUGGACCUGCAUCUUCACUCAAAACCUUUUGAAGGUCUCUUCACCCAAUUCUCUGCUUUCCCUCAGGAGUUGCUGGGCAUGUAUUUUCAGUGCUUGAGGAGUAUGCACUCUCUCUUUUGGGGAAGGGGCUGAAUGGGAUAUUGUAGCAAUCCUCAAAUUGAAAUGUAUAUUUUUGUUAGAAGUUCAAACUCCAGGUGUUUUUAAUAAUAUAGUGACUGACGGCUUUAUAUAAAUUGGAAAUAAAUAUUUAAGAAACUA